UGCUCACUGUUAAUAUCUGAAUAUGUAGAGGUCUCGGUGUUUAUAUCAGACCAUAUAGAGGUGACCGUGUUAAUAUCAGACUAUAAAGGGGUGUCACUGUUACUAUCAGACUAUAUAGAGGUGUCAGUUAAUGUCAGACCAUAUAGAGGUGUAUAUAUGGUUGGAACCGUGCAUUUAAUACGACUUUCGCAAAGUAUGAAUUAUAUCAAACUGGCAAAGAAUAUAAAGUCGUGAACAAGACGUGGGCAGGUGGAUGAUGUAGGUGAUUACACCAUUUAUAUGCAGAUACAACAACAGCAACUUGCAUUUAUAUUGUGCCCUUCAUGGGGGGGGUGGGAGUAGUGUCCUGAAUAUAGAAGCGUCACUUAAUAUCAGACCAUAUAAAGGCAUCAAUGCUAACGUCAGAUACAUAGAUACACUGUUAAUCCAACAUGAAAGGCGCUAUACAAAUGUAAUUUGAUGUUGUUGGGGCAUUAUCACUGCCCCUUCCUCUGGACUCUGCCGGCAAUGGUCUUCUUGUUCGUGCUGUUACUGUGAUUCAGUAAUUGCUGUUGAUAUGACCCGGGUUCCGAUUGGUGCUGUUGUAAUGCGAGGUGGGGGAGAGAGAGGGAGAAGGAGGGAAUGGAGGUUUGGGUAUUUAGGAUGAUGUGAAUUGACUGGACAAUCUGCCUGGCCGUCAACAUGUGGUCAGCUGACUGUCGAUGAUAUAAGGGGGAGGUGGGGGAGAAUGAAAUCACGUGGGGGGUUUUUUUUUUGAAAAAAAAGGCGUCUCUGGCUUUUCUGGAGCAAGGAGUCAAGUCAUGAAACUGGUUCUUGAAAUGUUUAAUGUGAACAUGAAGCCGGGCGACACUCUAAAAAUCAAAGGGGUCAUUGAGCCUGAUGCCGAGAGGUUUGCAGUGAACCUGGGGACAGAUCCCUCCCGCUACGCUCUGCACUUUAACCCUCGGUUCGAUGACGAAGUUGACGGCUGUGUGAUCGUCUGUAACAACAAGGAGGAAGGGGAGUGGAGCACGGAGCAGAGGGACGAGGACUUUCCGUUAAAAAAGGGAGAGAGCUUCAAGAUCUCCAUCACUUUCCAAGGAGACGUGUUUGAGAUCAAGUUGCCCGAAGACCGUGUGCUCGAAUUUCCUAACCGCUCAUGUGCCGAGAUCCUGACCUACCUGGUUAUAGAGGGUCAAGUCCGAGUCAAAGGCCUCAAGUUUGACUACUUACCUGAGGUCGCGCUUUAGCUGGCGUUGGGCAGAGAGAGAGAGAGAGAGAGAGACACAAACACACACACACACAGAGCAAGAGCCAGAGAUACACCUUGUGUGAAAGAUUGGGAGGGGAACGGAGCUAAUUCUAGAUCUACUUUGGG